UAGUACUGGUAGCUGCGGUGGCGGAGCUAGCCAUGGAGCACGUGACGGAGGGCUCCUGGGAGUCGCUCCCGGUGCCGCUGCACCCGCGGGUGCUGGGUGUCCUGCGGGAGCUGGGUUUCCCGUACAUGACGCCGGUGCAGACACCGCUGCUGUAUUACCUGUGAGCUGACCCCACUGGGGCCCCUGUGGGUGACUGUAAUCGGAGUCCAAUUUGUGGUGGGGUCCAGUGUGACCAAGGCCAGCCUUGUGUUCCUUGGGCUUUGGUCCUCAUCGGUGGAGUCACGGCAUCCCCUAACCAGUGCUCUGCCAUCUCUCUCUUCAGUCUGCAACCAUCCCUCUGUUCAUGAAAAACAAAGAUGUUGCUGCAGAAGCGGUCACAGGUAGUGGCAAAACACUCGCUUUCAUCAUCCCCAUCCUGGAGGUUCUCCUGAGAAGGGAAGAGAAGUUAAAAAAGAGUCAGGUUGGCGCCAUAAUCAUCACACCCACGCGAGAGCUGGCUGUUCAGAUAGAUGAGGUCCUGUCGCAUUUCACGAAGCCCUUCCCACAGUUCAGCCAGAUUCUCUGGAUUGGAGGCAGGAAUCCUGGAGAGGAUGUUGCGAGGUUUAAGGAACACGGUGGGAACAUCAUUGUGGCAACCCCAGGCCGCCUGGAGGACAUGUUCCGAAGGAAGGCAGAGGGCCUGGAUCUGGCCAGCUGCGUGAGGUCCCUGGAGGUCCUGGUGUUGGAUGAAGCGGACAGGCUUCUGGAUAUGGGGUUCGAGGCGAGCAUAAACACCAUCUUGGAGUUUUUGCCGAAGCAAAGGAGAACGGGCCUCUUCUCGGCCACUCAGACACAAGAAGUGGAGAACCUGGUGAGAGCAGGCCUCCGGAACCCUGUGCGCAUCUCGGUGAAGGAGAAGGGCGCGGCGGCCAGCAGCACGCAGAAGACCCCCUCCCGCCUGGAGAACUACUACAUGGUAUGUAAGGCAGAUGAGAAAUUUAAUCAGCUGGUACAUUUUCUUCGAAAUCAUAAGCAGGAAAAACACCUGGUCUUCUUCAGCACUUGCGCCUGCGUGGAAUACUAUGGAAAGGCUCUGGAGGCCCUGGUGAAGGGCGUGAAGGUAAUGUGCAUUCACGGAAAGAUGAAAUAUAAGCGCAAUAAGAUCUUCACGGAGUUCCGCAAAUUGCAAAGUGGGAUUUUAGUGUGCACUGAUGUGAUGGCCCGAGGAAUAGAUAUUCCUGAAGUAAACUGGGUUUUGCAGUACGACCCUCCCAGCAAUGCCAGUGCCUUCGUGCAUCGCUGUGGCCGCACAGCCCGCAUCGGCCACGGCGGCAGCGCGCUUGUGUUUCUCCUUCCCAUGGAAGAGUCGUACGUCAGUUUCCUUGCAAUUAACCAGAAAUGCCCCCUGCAGGAGAUGAAAGUCCAGAAGAACACAGUAGACCUCCUUCCAAAGCUCAAGUCCAUGGCCCUGGCCGACAGAGCUGUGUUUGAAAAGGGCAUGAAAGCUUUUGUGUCGUUCGUCCAGGCUUAUGCAAAGCAUGAGUGUAACCUCAUCUUCAGAUUAAAGGAUCUCGAUUUUGCAAGUCUUGCUCGAGGUUUUGGCCUGCUGAGGAUGCCCAAGAUGCCAGAGCUGAGAGGAAAGCAGUUUCCAGAUUUCGUGCCUGUGGACGUCAGUACAGACACCAUUCCAUUUAAAGAUAAAAUCAGAGAAAAGCAGAGGCAGAAGCUAUUGGAGCAACAAAGAAAAGAGAAAACAGAAAAUGAAGGGAGAAGAAAAUUCAUAAAAAAUAAAGCUUGGUCAAAGCAGAAGGCCAAAAAGGAGAAGAAGAAAAAACGGAAUGAAAAAAGGAAAAGGGAAGAGGGUUCUGAUAUCGAAGAUGAGGACAUGGAAGAACUUCUUAAUGACACAAGGCUCUUGAAAAAGUUUAAAAAAGGCAAAAUUACUGAAGAAGAACUCGAGAAGGGGCUGUUGACAAGUGGCACAGGAUCAGUCAAGACAGCAGAUUUGGGGAUCUCAGAUUUGGAAGAUGACUGCUGAUUCCUGCCGCUCAGGCGAAGUGCACGAGAGCAACGGGAAUGCCACGAGCUGCGCUGCGCUCGCAGAUAGCUUGCGCUCGCCAUGUACUGAACAGCAGAACUUCAGCAGAUGUCCGGGAAGAACCACCUCUCCCAAAGCUGCUGUUGCAGACAGCGAUGUGAGGGGUUUCACGCUCAUGAAUAUUUUAUGAAAAACAUACCAGCCUUUGGAGUCUAACAGAAGAAAAUAUAAAUUAACUGAGUGUAAAUAACAGAUGUCAGUAUUUAUUUUGAUGGGUUACUCAAAGAGCUCAUUGUUCGGUGGCUAUUUUAUACUUAGUUUUUAACACAGAGAUACUGAUGUAGACUUGAUUUUAGGCCUUUUAAAAUUCCUCAGUGUUUUCAGGCACCUGAUCUCCCUGGAUGUCCUUCUCCCUGGACUUCAGUUCUCUCUUUGAUGUACUGUGCAGAACACCUGCACAGCCCCUAGUACUGUUUUAUUGGUGAGUAUCUGAAAAACAGAGGAAGCAAGUCAUUCUGGAAAAGAAAAUUAUUAUGCCUUCUGUUGAAUAAACUGUAUUUCAUUCUAACUGUG